GUUAAUAAAAAGAGCACUUGACUUCUUAAAGAUCGAUCUCUUGAAGAGAGGGGGAGCGUGCAUGCCGGAAUGUCUUGUCCGAGCAAGCAACCACGACCCGAGCCACUGAGAGAACAUGAAGAACGUGUUCGCGAUCUCAAAUGCCGAUUGCACGAUCUCAGCGCCCGAGAGCAGCUGCUGAUGAUUGGUGCACGAGCGGCAGAGGUUCAUCUUCCAGAGUUUCCGGAGCUUGCCAGAGCUGUGGAGUACCUUUUGCCAGAUCUCCACCUAAGCUCCAAGUCCUGCAGAGCUGCCUUGGUACGAGUUCUUUUUGGCAGAGCGUUGCACUACGGCCUGAUCGUUCUGCUACUGAUUGAUACACUACUGGUGAUGGCAGGACUCCAAAUUAAGAUCGAAGUUGUGGCACUGCAGGGCAUGGCCAUUGGCCACUGUUUCAGUGCAGCUUUGGAAAGCAACCUUUCUGAGAGCCUUCAGCAUCAUCACGACUUUUCUCACACGAAUGGUGGUCUUCAGUGUGUAAGGGAACAGUCGGAGUACGAGUUUGCAGAAAGCUUGGAGAACUUGGACCAUGUCUUCAUUGUGAUGAGCAUGAUCAUCCUUUGCAUAUUUCUGUUGGAAAAUGUUCUCUUUAUCGUUGCCUUCCGCUGCAACUACUUCAGGAUUCUAUUUUUUCCCUUCGACCUGCUGGUCGUCCUACUGUCGCUGGGGACUGAGAUCCUCAGCCUCGCCAGUCCCUCGCUGGGACAGCUGGAAAACCCUUUGCAGACCCUGGGUCAAAAGGCCAGCAUCUCCAGCGGAGCGGUUUCUCCUCUGAUUGCACUGCUCAUCUUGGGUCGCUUUUGGCGUUUCUUCCGGAUUGGCCAUUCGGUGUACUUGCUGCAAGGGACCGAGGAGCACAAGGACACCCUCAUUGAAGAGUACAAUAAGGAAUGCUGGGCUGCUAAAGACGGCCCUGCUCCCGAUAGAGAGCCAGCAAAUUUGCCGAACAUUCCAGGUCCUUCCUCGGGCUGGGUCGUCACUGAUAUCUCUGAGCCAUAGCUGCUCAGCUUGCUGUGCGCCUCUCGCACAGAGUGGGAAAGUCGCAUCUUUCUUUUUCGCCACCGUUUGCUAGUGCAAUGUGCUUCGUUGAAAUUGCUGUAGUUUGUUGGUGCUACAGUGCUCUAGCUGUGCCUUCCUGGAAGCAGGUGAAGGACGCUGGAUUGGCUCCUAAGGGUAGCUUUGCUUCGGUGCUCUCAAAGCUCUCCCAAAAAAUUGGGCAGAACAUUGGUAAAGACCUCAAAUGGAGGCGACAAGCAGCCGCCAUUGGUCAGAAAAAAUAGCAGGUUUGAGUGCGGUGCAUCGCUUUUAUCCUUGUCCUCAAGCAAC